UUUAUGGGAUAUAUAGGAGUGCCAAAAAAGAAGCUCGUCAAAGAAGAAUAAUACAGUCCACAGCUGUUUCUGAACUUGGUCCCCCUCUACUGUUAGCUAUAAUGGGUGGCUGUUCCUGUAGAAGACCUGUUAAAGACGACACAGUUAUUGAACAGCCAAAGACGUCUACCACAUCACCCCGUAAGCAAGAUGCAUCAGUGCAGACCAUGGAGCAGUCAACCGAUGAGAAGUUACACGAAGUGGAUGUAACUCUGGAUGUGGACACAGCUCAUCCUAACCUACUGAUAGAUGGGAAAACAGUAAGCUGGAUAAAGGAAACACCACAGAGACUGUGUAGUGAGAAGAUGUUUGAUGAAGAUCCCUAUGUGCUGGGCAUUAUAUGCCGUGCUUGGAGGGCCUACUGGAAGGUGAAUGUGGAGAAGAAGGAUGACUGGGUACUUGGUGUUACCAAGGCAACAUCUAACAGGAAGGGACAAUUGGUUCUCAGCCCUGCCAAUGGCUUCUGGGUAAUCAGGCUGUCCAAUGGGGGACGACUGAAAGCCAUGGAUGAUAAGGAGCAUGAUCUUGACAAAGAUAUUCCAGAUGAAGUUGGGAUUUAUCUAGAUUAUAAGGAAAGGAAGGUGACUUUCUACAAUGCAGAAGACAGCUCACUCAUCUACUCAUUUACCAAUGGACCAAGUUAUCAGGAUGAUGUCCGCCCACUUUUCUCACCCUGGAACAAUGACGCAGAUCCAAUCAGAAUAUUGUCCAUUGAAACUAAACAAUCUGGAUCAUCUAACGCAUGAAGGAUCACCUCUGCAUCAAUCAAUAGGGUACUUUAUUGUAAUGGUGAGGUGGUGUCUCUUCGUCACAUCUAAAAAAUAAUUGCAGACGCUCCUAUCCAGAGUGACUUACAGUAGUGAGUGCAUAUAGUUUUAUAUGUUUUUUAACUGGUCCCCUUUGUGAAUCAGACCCACAACCCUGGCAUUGCAAUCACCAUGCUCUACCAACUGAGCCACACAGGACCAGCAAGGAAUUGACUUUAUAUUCUUCGUCCUAAUAUAAUGGACAGCUAUUUCAGUCAUAUUUUUUCCAAAUCACACAGAUGUUAUAAAUACAAAUCAUAGUGAACAGGUCAUGUUACACCUCCCUUCAUGCACAUUUACUGCACGCUGUAUUGAUUUGUGAAGAAGAAAAUAUUGCUUUUAAGACUUGGAUGUGUAUCAGUUCAUGUCUUGGGAUCAUGAUCAUAAUACUGUACAUAUUUUAAAAAUACAUUUGAAGACAAUGUCACACCCUGA